CUCUACGCAACUAUCUUCACCUCCUUCCACGCACUAAAAUCCUUAGCUUUUCCAACGAUGAUGCUUGCAGCCUCUUCCUUCUACACCCAAAACUUGUACAACCCGACCCGACCUUCCCCACUCUCUGAACGCUCUGCGAAUGCCGCUCCCCGCGUUUUCUCAUUCAACAUGGCGACGAUGCCGCAGCCGGAGAAGAAGCCAACUCCCCAACGUGCAUACAAACCGAACCCGGUGAUACAGAGUCGGACAGGAGACGCUGCGAAGGAGCGACGACGCGAGAUGUUCUUCCGUAAGGUGCAAAAGGGCCGAGAUGAGAAGAUGUGGGAGGUGCGCGGCGAUCAGAUUCAGCGUCUUGAUUUCAUCUCGAGUCACAAGCGCUGGGAAGCCGAGAAGGCGCGCCAGGCCCCACCUUUGGAAGACGGCUACCUAAACGAAGAUUUGCUUGAAGAAGCGGCCGCUUCGUGGCCCGGAAACACCACGACGAACCCAGAGAAAGACAUGGCGGAGGUGGACUAUGUUCUGGAGCAAGAGGAACGAGAACUACAGGCGCUGAUCGCGUUGAUGGAGGAAGAGCAAGCUGCCCAGGAUAUGACAUCACAGCAUUACGGGAGCGACGAAGAAGACUAUGAUCAGAUUUUCAUUGAGUAUACAAAUGUCGCGAACGUCCAUCAACAGGACCAACAACAGCCACUACAAUCCAACGCCAGAUACGAUGACCCGGAUGCCAUGGACACGACCGAGGGAUGAAGGCGUUCUACGGGUGUUGUUUAUGUUCUUCUGCUUGCGCGAGUGUGAUUGGACGCGCGCUGUUGUAAUGUGCCCUUUGGCAAAGUAAGAUUAUGUUUUGAUCAAGACUUCGCCGGCACUUGUACGCUGAGGGAAUCUCGUGGCAUGUAUGCGUGCCUUUUUUGGUUAUCGGCAAGGAAGGAGGACAAGGUCUCGCAAGAAUCUACUGCGUGGGACAGCCUUGGUCCAUCUCGCUGAGCGCUUCUUGCGCCGCAUUCAUAUCGCCCACAAGAUCGGGUGGAGG